UCACAAGCGGAAGAUGGCAGGUGGGUCUUCCUUGUCAAACGCUCUACUCAACUCAGCCGCCGUUGGACCUGUGUGUUGAAGCAGGGCAGUGUCGCCUCUCAUACACGGAAAUGAAAAACUGUUCAUAUCUGGAAGUACUCAGCUUUACUUGUGUUACCGCAUGUUUCUGUUGAAGAACUUGAAGUGUUCAUGUUGUGCGACUCACUGUUGUUGUGUAAUCUUCCACUGGCAUUUUUGCCAGCGACAAAUUACAUUAAUUUCCAAGGGGUCGUCAAAAGCUGCACCCUGAUCUGUGCAUCUGUCUAUUUAGAAGAUGACAGGAGAAAAGAUCCGAUCCCUUCGUAAGGAUCACAAACCGAGCAAAGAUGAGGAUUUACUGGAACCGGACGAGGAAGCUGCAACUGGGACAUUCACAUCAUCAACUAGGACUAUUAGUGGUAAAGGGAAAGCUAACAAGAUAUUCAGCAAUCACAAGAUAAUCAAGUCUGCAGCGACACAACAGCAACAUAAUCAACAACAAGCGCAAGUCAAUGCAAACACUAAUACAAUUGCAACCUCAGACACCGUCGAUGAUAAAAAUAAAAAUCCCAUCAUUCGAGCAGGGCAAGAUUUCCCAGUUCACGAAUGUGUGUUCAAAGGAGAUGUACGGCGAUUAUCAUCACUCAUUCGAACUCAAAAUAUUGCUCAGAAGGAUGUGCAUGGGAACACACCACUGCAUCUCGCAGUCAUGACGGGCCACAAAGAGUGCGCCCAUCUGCUCCUGGCCCAUAAUGCACCUGUGAAGGUGAAGAACGCUCAGGGCUGGAGCCCUCUCGCUGAAGCCAUCAGCUAUGGAGAUCGACAGAUGAUCACGGCACUUUUGAGGAAACUCAAGCAGCAGUCCCGGGAGAGCGUGGAGGACAAGAGGCCGCGGCUGCUGAAAGCUCUCAAAGAGCUUGGUGAUUUUUAUUUAGAACUUCAUUGGGAUUUUCAAAGCUGGGUGCCUUUACUCUCACGAAUACUCCCAUCUGAUGCGUGUAAGAUCUACAAACAGGGCAUCAACAUCAGGCUGGACACCACCCUCAUCGACUUCACCGACAUGAAAUGCCAACGGGGUGACCUCAGUUUUAUCUUCAAUGGCGACGCCGUCCCGUCCGAGUCCUUUGUGGUGCUGGACAACGAGCAGAAGGUGUACCAGCGCAUCCACCACGAGGAGUCGGAGAUGGAGACGGAGGAGGAGGUGGACAUCCUGAUGAGCAGUGACAUUUACUCCGCCACGCUCUCCACCAAAUCCAUAACCUUCUCCCGCGCACAGACCGGCUGGCUCUUCAGGGAAGACAAAACGGAGCGUGUGGGGAACUUCCUGGCUGACUUCUACCUGGUGAACGGGCUGGUUCUGGAGUCACGGAAGCGUCGCGAGCACCUGAGUGAGGAGGACAUCCUGAGGAACAAGGCCAUCAUGGAGAGCCUCAGCAAAGGCGGCAACCUCAUCGAGCAGAACUUUGAGCCGGUGAGGCGGCAGUCUCUCACAGCUCCUUCUCCAAACACCAUCUCCUGGGAGGAGUACAUCACGGCAGAAAACGGAAAAGCUCCUCACCUGGGCAGGGAGCUGGUGUGUAAAGAGAGCAAGAAGAACUUUAAGGCAACGGUGGCCAUGAGUCAGGACUUCCCCCUGGGCAUCGAGUCGCUGUUAAAUGUUCUGGAAGUGGUUGCCCCCUUCAAGCACUUUAAUAAACUCAGAGAAUUUGUCCAAAUGAAACUCCCUCCUGGCUUCCCUGUUAAACUAGACAUCCCUGUGUUCCCAACUAUCACCGCAACGGUCACCUUUCAGGAGUUCCGCUACGACGAGUUCGAGGACUCGAUCUUCACCAUACCCAAUGAAUACAAAGAGGAUCCCAGUCGCUUUCCUGACCUUUGAACCUGCGACCCUAACAACGGAGCGAGAGAGAGAGAGAGAGAGAGAGAGAGACAGAAAGCGGCAUCUCUCACUCCUAAAAGGACUGCUUAUGGACUCACAGAAGGGCAUUGAUGCCAGUGUGUUCCUAAUGGGGUGAAAUAACAUAGGGAGCUUUUUUUUGUAUAUUAUGGAUGUGCUGUAUGUAAUGUUUGAUCGUAAAAGGGAAUAUGUUGAACUGACCUGUAGCGAAGCACUGAAAUGAAUAUCUCUCCAUGGAACAAAACAACUGCACGAACCGACAGACAAACACUGCCCCUCAACGUGGGGCAAGAAGGGUGCGUGCGUGCGUGUGUGUGUGCGUGUGUGUGUGCAGCGU